AUGGAAGUUGCAGAUCAAUGGCGGCGGCAGUGGGCAGGAACUGCCGAAUAUGGCAAGGUAACAGAGGGCGGUGUAACACGUCGGGUUGCGCGUGCCAUGGAAGUAUUGCACGCUAGCGGACCAGGAGCACGCGUACGCGUCAUGCGUGCUGCCUACCACUCCUCGGCAGGUCCUGGAGCUCCAGCCGAGUCCUUCAUGCUUCACUCUUCACGAAGGGUAAUAUCUUCCGGCUUCAACUUUUUAGAGUCUCCGUCACUUCCCACAAAGCCCCUAGAGAUUUCAUCAACUCCGUUAGAAAUAACACCUGAUUCUAACGGGGAGACGGAAAACUACAAAGUAACUGAACCAGAUGAUUUAGAAAUCUCAGAACCAUCGAAGUGGAGAGGAUCGACUAGAGGAAGUUCGAUUCGAAUGCCAAGUGAAGAAUCGUCAUCAACAGACAAUGCCAGUAUCAUCGAUCUUGAUUCAAGGAACAGAAAUCUACACAGGAAAUACUCUUAUGAUUCUGAAAGCAGUGAAAUACAAUUUCGCAGUCGAAGUAACAGUAGAAACUCGCAACUUCUAGAUGCCCCGACAACGUUAAGUACUCUUAAAUAUAAAUCGCUUUUAAACAAUAGCAAUGAAUGGAAUAUGAGAAGGAAAAGUUACAGCUUUGAAGAUACAUCCCCUAUAAAUGAAACUAUUUUACACAAUAAUGCUACACUAGCCAUGGAAUCAUCUACUGACAGUGGUAUUUGUAAAUCUACAGAAAUCGUAAAUGAUGACAAUUCGCACAUAAAACAUUUUGACAACGAUGAACGAAAAACUGAAGAUAAAGAAGAAUCGUUUAGAGACUGGCUUACAAAGAAUAGACAGAAUUCACAAUAUAAAGGAACAAAAUUUAAAACAUAUCGAGACCAUGAUAUUGUUAUUGAGGAUCCAAAGGAAAACAAUAUAGCGCUACAAUCUUCUGGUAAAUUAUCAAUAACCUUACCAAUCACUAUUGAAGGGGAUCAUGACAGCAAUUCCAGAAAAUUUCAAACGAGUGAAGAUAUCGAUAAAAGAGUUAAAAAAGUAGAAUUUUGCAAAACAGAAGUACAUUUUGCAGCAGAGUCUGGUAAAGUUAACAUAAUCGCAACAGAUAAUAAACCACCACCUUCAAGUGAUUUUAGGAAAAGGAGAAGUGCUUUUGUUCCCUUGCAGGAUAUGAUGGAUAGACCGAUUACAUUGUUCGGCGAAAAACCCAAUGUCAUACCGAAUGGAGUGUCAACUUCUUUAAAUCAGAGUAAUAGUGAUUAUAGUGAAUCCGAUGAGAAUACAGCAGCUACAAAGAGUAUUCUCAAAAAUAAAAUUCCGAAACCCAAACCAUAUCUUUUAGGAGAGAACAUGGACUUUGGGAUAUCCAGUGAAGUUGCCAACAAAAACACUAGCAAAGCUAUGCUUUCGGCAGUUUCUUUGGUAAAUCAACAAAUGGAAUCAGAAAAACAGUAUAAAGGCGAAAUUAAAUCAGUAUUCUGUAAGGAAGCAGAAAGAAACGUUAUUAAUAAUAUUUUUCGGACAACUGAUACAGGUCCGACAAGGAAUGAUAGCUUAAAACGUGAAAAACACAUAGUCACAAACAUAAAAAUAGAAAAAGCAAGAGAUGACACAACCAAGGAUAUUAAAAAUAAACUUAUUGACUUAAAAGGGUCUCCCACUCAAGUAAAACCUAAAACGAGACAAUUACGUGAAAGUGAUUUAACAUAUUUCGGUAUUGAUAAUGAUCGGAAGGUACAAGAAAAUAGAAUCAAACCAAUAUUCAAUAGCGAGUCCAAAUUCGUCAGUGAUAAUAUUGUGGAGAACAUUUUUCAUUCUGUAAAAUUGAUACAGCAAGUUUCAAACAGUGUGAGUAGCAGUGUUUGUAACAGUGAGCCUGAAUCCGAUGAUGGACAUGAAUAUCAAAACAUUCCGUUGAAUAUUAACCAUGCUCCAGUACCCACUCCCAGACUGCGUUCAAAAUAUGAAGACAAUCCCAAUGAAAUCGCUGUAGUUAAAGGUGGGUUAAAACCGAUCAUUGAAAAAGAAGAUGACGAAGUGAGAGAUAACGUGAAACCUAGCACUCGACGAACAAAAGUUCGUAGACAAGAAGAGUGCAAAACAAAUCGAAGUCUUUCCGAACCACCAAGGAAUUAUAAACGCAAUUCACAUGAAAGGUCGAGUCGACGUGAAGGCCUAAAGUCAAGCUGCACUAAGGACAAGCUUAAAGAAGAUAAUUCAAUGGAAUUACCCAUAGCCUACAGUAAAAUAUUAAAUAAAGACAUUCCAAUUUACGCUAAUUUAAAUAUGAAUACAGUAAAAUCAAGCCCACCCCCAAUCCAAAAACAUAACAAAACGUCAGUAACCCAAAGAACAAGUCCUAUUAAAAACAAAAAUGAAAACAAUACAGUUCAGUCUAUUACUUACAAAUCUCAGCAUCGGUCAGACUCUGGGACAGAUAGUAGUUCACGGAUAAAGCGUUCAAUGCAUAAAGAUACUGUUUCUAGCUCACUGAAAAAGGAAGAAAAGGCGUUACGAAGUGAAAGGAAUCGUAAAUCGCAAUAUAAUGAUACCCUGAAAAAGUUAAAGGACGACCUGGGGAAUACUAAAAACGUGAAAGGCCGGGAAAAUAAUUACAAAAGUGAAGAAAAUAAUAAAAGUGAACGAUAUAGUCGAAUAUUGCAAAAUACUACUCCCGAUAAAUCAAGAGAAUCGAAUCACGGUCAAAUCAUGCACAGAGACUCAAGUAGCCAUCGAAAAAGAAAUACAUUUGAAGAUAAAAAAGAACAUGAAAAUAUAAAACCAUCUCUUAAAUUAGAUUCAGAUGCUACAGAACGGUAUUCGUCACAAAUGAAGAGCAAUGAACGAGAAGAGGAAUUUGGCUUAAAGCACCACCACAGAAGUAAUAAACAUCGAGAAUACGUUAUUAAUUACGACGAUAAAAAGGGCACUGUUUCUUCCAUAUGUAAAAUACAAACAGGGCUUGGGAUACCUAGACGAAAGAAGACGUCUAAAGAGAUGUUAAAAGAAAAUCACAAAGACGAUGCAUUAAAAACUAAAACUGUAGACAAACUAGCCUUGCUGCAGUUGGAAGAUCAUCAGAGGGAUCCAAAGGAACUGAAAUACGCAGAUAGGAAAUGGAAGACUAAAGUUCAUAUACGUCGAUCUUGCCAAGUGUUGUAG